AUGUUAUGUGGACUUCUACCAUUCGGCAGCGUUUUCAUUGAACUCUUCUUUAUUUUCAACGCUUUGUGGAAUCGUCAAAUAUACUAUCUGUUCGGAUUUCUUUUCAUUGUCUUUAUCAUCCUCAUUAUCAGCUGUGCCCAGGUCGCUAUCGUAACCACCUACUUCCAACUUUGCAGUGAGGAUUAUCAUUGGUGGUGGCGAUCAUUUAUCACAUCCGGUGGUGCAGCGGUCUACCUCUUUCUCUACUCCAUCUACUACUUUGUUACUCGGUUGGAAAUUACGAGUUUCGUGUCGACGUUGCUUUACUUCGGCUACUGUUCCAUCAUCUCUUCGACCUUCUUCAUUCUCACUGGAACCAUUGGCUUCUUCUCAGCCUUCACAUUCUUGCGCAAGAUCUACGCAGCCAUCAAGAUUGAUUAA